AUGGUGCGGAUCAAGAAGUCUGACCACGUUUUGAAAGCGGCGACGAAAAGCCGCUCCAAGUCAUUACCAGCAGUACUUCCAGAGGAGUUAGUUGUCGAAUCCGAAUCGGAGGUCGAAGAGCUGGAUGAUCUGGGGGACCAGGAGGAUGCUUCAGACAAAAAAGACGGUGUCCUCAUUUCUACCCACUUAGAGAUCACCAAGCACGCUGGCGAAGUCAUCGUGGCCUCUGAUGCAGCUACCAGUGCUCUCGAAGACGCCAAUGCUCUCGAAGAUGCCAGUGCUCUUGGAGACCCCAAUGUUCUCGAAGACCCCAAUGAUCUCAAAGAAGCCAAUACUCUCGAAGACACCAAUGCCCCCGAGGCUGAAAAUGUUCCGGAAGAUGUCAAUGCUCCUGCAGACGUAGACGCCGACUCAGAUGCAGAAUCAGACGCAGAAACCGCCAAAUCCCCGCCGUCCCAGCCCCCGAAGGCCCUACACCACAACAACUCUUCAACGCCCUCUUCAGCAAAUCUCCCGCCGACCAAAUAG